CACACGACAACACCGACGACGCCCGCAACGACUGCUACGACGCCGACAUCGAUUGGGAGCGCGCUUUACGCGUCGCUAAGCCUAUCUUGCUUGCCCAUCUCUGCCUCGUGGUCGCCGUGCGCAUCUCCGUCAACCCAGCGAGCCACGUUACUUUACCGAGGCCAUGAGUAGCUUCUCGUCCUUAUCCUCCAUCGGCCGUUCGCCAUCGCGUUCUGUCCAUCAAACCCGGACCGAUGCUAGCCACGACUCUCGUCCAAGCACCCCGCGCAUCCGGACGAGCACGAGUCAGGCCUCGCGUCACCCACGGCCGCCUUCCAGCCCUGUCGGCCGGUUUUUGGUAUGGGACCAGCAAGAAAGCCUGCCUUCUUCGUCGAAACUGCCGGUUUUCCCACCGAGAACUCCUAUUGGCGACAAACAAGGUCACGCCUCUCGUCGCCUUUCCCUCCAGACGCCCCCGUCGUAUUCCAAAGUCCGAAGCCGGACAAGUGCAAGCUCCUCUCACAACGAGGUCUCUCCGGUGCUCCGCGUGGGCGGCUCGGGGCGGACGCUUAGAUUCCAGACCCAUCAAUCUGAACACGCCCCCACCGAGCGCACGACGAGGGUGUCAUCGCUCGUGCGGACUCGAGUGCCUGCCGAGUCGUUAAAUGAGGCCCCCUCCCUUUCCUCAUCCCUGACUUCUGCUCCCUCCUUCACCACCCCGCCUACUCCCCAGAGCCAGGUUUCCCCUGUCCGUCUAGGCGGUUACCGGCGUCACCCGUUUGUCACUCCAUCGGCCUCCACGUCCUCCCUGCGGAACGAUAUUCCUUGUGUCCAGGCUCAGCGUGAGCCUCUCACGCCGUCGUCGCCCUCACCUCGUUCGCACGCGUCGCGGCGCUCACAGCCAAGAACCCGGUCGUCCCCGCUAGUACCUCCACACACCUUCACCCUCAGGCGUGGCCUUGAACUGCCUCGCGCACGUCCCACUCUCGCCAUGUCGUUGCAAGUUCAUGCUCCUACUCCGGUGACCGCAUUGCCCUCCACCGCGCGUCCUCGCUCUAGAUCAAGACCCCCGCCCUCCUCCCGUCCCUCCUCGCCCCUCACCUCCUCUGUCCCUCUACCACAACGUCCACCCAUGCCUCGCCCACCCAGCCGGUCAGAACGUCUCCUCCGUGACACGCUUCGUCGUGCAGAAGAGCAGGACAGGAUAGGCAAGCCUCACCCCGCCCCGUCCUUCACUCUUGCCCCCUCGUCGUCCCACUCGCACAUUCCGCCCUCCGUCACCGAUAUGUUCGCUACCUGCCGGGUGCCGGCUGUCCCCAAUGGCGGCAGGCGGCACCGACGGAACACCUCGUCUUCGGUCCAAUCCGAAUCCUCGUGCGACCAAUUCGAAAGCGAGCCACUUGACGAGGAUAGCCAGGAGGAUGAAGAGGACGGAGGAUGGAUGUGGCGCGCGAAUGGUACCGGCUCUGUCGCCUCCUCGGGACAUGGGUAUGGGAAUGCGUAUUACCCGGCUCUUGCACGGAAGCCAGAGAACAUCCCGUAUGGCACGCCUGCAUCCCCGUCACCAGCUCGCGCACAGCUACAGCGCUCUGCGAAAUCGUCGCCCACUGUCCCCCGGAGGCAUUCCCACUCACAGUCGGUUUCCCAUGUAGCCGCACAUCCACCGUCGCGCACGUCCGUGGACGGGGAGCGUCCGAGUCGGUCCCACCAACAACCUAGUGCCCCUCUGACGCCACACGAGGCCGUCCUACGGAGCAAGCUGGAGGGAGUGUUGAGGAACGCUUCGAAAGGCGGACCAAGAACUCGCAGCAUCGAGCGGAGAGAUGUGGACCCCGGGUUCAGCAGCGAGAGCGGCAACUCGAUGGCGAGUAGCAGGAACCUCAGUGGGGAAGGUGACUUCUUCUUUGGGGCGAGCAGCGACCCGAGCUUGACGUCACUCUCGUCGACCGAGUCUCAAGCUGCUUUUGCUUCAAAGCCACGAGCCAGCCUGCCGUCGUCGCCUCGGAAACCGCACGCCAACCUGCACGUACAGCCACCACUUUCGAGACCAACGAGGAAGUCGUCUUCCCCUCCGUCGCAGAAUGGAAGCGUGGGCCCUCUGACGCCGCCCCCAUCGCCACCGUUCAAUGCGCGUCACGCGGCUGCGCAAAUCAAAGGCAUGGACGGCUACGUCUCCUUCGCCAACAUUGAAGGCCUCGGCAUUCCCGAAGGCGUCGACGACGAGGCUGAAGAUGCCAAUUCUAGGAGCCGGUGGUUCCAGUGGUUGCAUCUCAACUCGGGCAAGGGCGCCGUCGCCUGCGACAGGUCGCGCGGGCGCAGCGAGAGCGCGAGCAGCGCGUCUAGAUGACGUGGUGGGGCGAUCCUGUGAGUCUCAGGACCACUCCCCGCGUUCGACGUCGUGCUGCUAGUCCGCGCUACUCCGCUGGCCCAACCGUCCUGCUGGGCACGGCUCACGGUGCUCUUCCCCCUCGCUGUUCCCCUCCAUCCCCGCAUCGCUCUUCCUCCCGCUCUAUAGACUAUACUUCUCGGCUUCGUCGCAUGCUCUGUUUUGUUGUUGUUCCACCACCCGCUGCAUCUUCCAUGUCGCCUCAUCAUCAUCAUCCCCAUCCUAUCCCCCGGUAAUAGCAUCUCACUCUCCGCACGACAUCCGCCGACGCCAUCCGGCCCUCCGCAGACUUUCCCCUCACGAGCAUCCUCGCCUAUCGCCAUCGCUAUCCAUCAUACAAAACACCCCCGCACGCAUUAUGCUUUCUUCACGAACCUUCCAUCAUGCCACGACAUCUCCCCGCGGCCGUCGAGGCCCCGGCGAUCCGCUUGCGUUGCGGACGUCCGGUCAUGCGGACGAAAAGAUGAGGCCUUCUUUCGGGUCCUCCUCUUCACUUAUUCGCUUACGACACUCCCCGGAUCGAUGAUCCUCGUUAUGUACCUGACGCCCUCGGACGACGGAUGACACCCUCCUCACGCCGACUUGCACGACUCGACUCUGGAGUUCUUCUCUUUGGUUUUUUACUCUCCUCAUUUACGGAUUGCGUACGCGGAUGUACUUGUACCGACUGGAUUGGAUGGAUAGAUAUGCGCUUGUGUUUCUCGUUCGGGCGCGACUGAACAGUUACUCGUGUAGUUUGUCAGGGUUUCUCGGAUCGGAGUCGGUGUACUGUCUGUUCGUAAUGCGCUAGCAAUGGCAUCAUGAUAUC